AUGCGGAACAUUUUGGUGAUCUUGGCCUUGGUACCCCUCACAUCUCUGGCGACAGAACUGGGCAGUGGGCACUCGUUCCGGAUUCCGCCAGGAUGUGCACGCGACCUCACGCUGCCGACUUCCUACGUCGCAAAAACGUUGGACGUUCGAGAGCCGUCGCGGUGCGCCUUGCAGUGCCUUCAGGAGAGCUGGUGCCAGGGAUAUAAUCUGCAGGAGGUGGACGCUCUACUGACGCCGUCUCCAGCAAGCGGUUUCAUCAAGAUAGACGCCAACUGGUACCUGUGGGUUGAGGCUCAGAAGACCUGGUCAGACGCGGAGGCUCACUGCCAGAGUCUUCACUCCUCUGCCCACUUAACGGACGUUCCUUCACUGAAACUGAACACGCGGUUGAUCAACUACGCCAGGCAUAAUCAAGGAGGGAACUUCUGGACAAGCGGUAACGAUCAACAGACGGACGGCCAGUGGGUGUGGCAACAUCCGGGCACCUCCGUUGGGUUCACAAAUUGGAGAACUGACGAACCAAAUGGCGGAACGAACGAAAACUGUAUGAUGGUGUACAGUCAGCCAAGGGAAACCCACCAUACUCAGUGGAACGACGCGCCGUGUUCGGAAACGGUGUCUUUUAUUUGUAAGAUUUAG